UGCUGCUUCGAAAUCCUUUCUUCUUGCUUUUUGUUUUUUACAAACUUUGUGCAUACGCAUGACUGUGUUCUCAGUAAGUUAGUUGUGGACCUACCCGAGUACUAGUACAGUAGGAACAACACCUUUCGUUUUGAAAGUGUUUGACGAUGGGCCGUGGACGUCGAGAGCCUGCUCCAGCAGGCCGGAGGAGGCAAGUUCUGCAAAUAGGUUCGCUGAGUCGUCAUCAGCCAAGAGAAAACAAUCACCGUGAUUUUGGAGGCGAAUCGUCAGCGACUGUCGUGCAGGCAACCCAGAAGCCAGUAGCAUCAGCAGCUCAAGGCCGAGGUUUCAGUCUACUGGGUGCCUACGAUGGCAGUGGCAGUGAGGAUGAUGAUGAUACCAAUGGUAAUGGGCAGAUUGAUAACCAAGUCAAGGACUUCCUCAAGGAGCUUCAAGUCGACGAGCCAGACCCCAAGCCCACCGGUGAUGCAACUUCUGCGGAAGCGCCAGGAAGCGUCCAGCCUGCUGCGGAAUCCACGCCUGUGUGGCAUGAAUGCUUGGACCCCAACUCAGGUCAUGUCUACUACUGGAACACCAUCACUAACGAGGUGUCCUGGACUCUGCCAGAAGACUUCAACUCGGCCAUGACAUCGUCUGCAGCAACAUCAACAACACCAGCAGCUACAGCUACCAGCUCGGCGUACAGUGCACCAUCAGGCUAUGGUGAAGAAGAAAGUGGUAGUGCGCAUGGUGCAGGCAAUAAUGAAGAGGCGAUGGAAGAUGAUGACUCCGACUGUAACAUUGAGAACUAUGAUGAUGAUGACACUGAGGUACCAGCAAAGAGCACUGAACCCAGUCAAAUGCAGCUGGCAUACCCCACGGUCUCAACAGGACUCGUGCCCGAUGACGAACCUGCCGUGGAUUCACCAACACUUGCAGCGGGCUGCGAUGAGGACAUUAACUUUGAGCACCACAGCAGUAAUGAAGAGGAGGAUAGUGCAGCCGCUGGACGUAGCAGCAUCACUAGUGCAAGCACAAGUCCAACAAGUCAGAAGAGAAGCGAAGCCGCUUCACCAGAGGCUGAUGCCGGUGAUGCACGCACACUUUCGUGUGCCUCUGUUGACAGUGCACCUUCCUCGUGCACGUCAUCUCGUCCACAGUCUCCCGCACGGCAAUUCUUGAAACCCCUCCAGGCAACGACAGCUGACACCGACAGAAGGUCUCCGACUGCUCCACUGGAUUCGCCUGCCGUGAGUCCAUCUGAUGUUUGUAUGGAUGCCAAGCAUGUGAUUGCUGCCGACACUGGUCUUGAUGAGAAGGAGACCGUAGCAGAGUCUCCUGUAGAGUCUGCUGUAGAGUCUGCUGCGCCAACAGGUCUAGAUGACAUCAUGUUUGCCAACGUGCCUGCUGCCAGCUUCAAACCGGUCACCACUGGUUCCGGGCGCAAUAGUCCCUCAGCCAGCGAGAAUCGGCCAGACAAACUGCAGGCGAAGAUGCAGUCAACCACCCUUGCCCUCAAACCACGUUCUCUCAGCCGCACCGACACGAAAAAGACCCCUCCUGUCAAAGAGGAGCUGAGUCGAGAUGAGAAAACAGUUGCCUCAGUAGACUGCAACAAGCCUGCUGGCGAUGUUAGUGCUGUAGAUAUCUUCGCUGAGGACACCGGUAGCACCGAGGAUCAGGCAAACAGUGCUCCUUCUCUUAGUCUGCCACCUUCUCCAGCCCAAGCUACGCCCAAGGCAGGCUCUAGUGUUGGACAAGACGACCUUGGAGACUUCGACAUUGAUGCUGCGCUGGAUGAGUGCCUCGAAAAUGCUCUCAACAAGCCGGACAAGCGACCCCAUGAUGACGGGGUGGCUGAUGAAGAAGAAACGGAUAUCGGUGAAGCAGAGUCUAACAGCUUGCAGCCAACGUCUAAGCGUGCAAAGUUACCAUCGGCUGAUGUUCCUGAGAACACGAUUUCACCCAUGCAUUUGUCGCCAGCAAGGCCUGAGGAUAUGGAAGUGGCUGCUGAGUCGGAUGUUGACAUGGACCUGUCGGCUCCUGAGCGAAGUACCUCUACAUUGGCACCAACAGCAGAUACUGGCAAUCAGUCAUCAGAUGCUAUUGGGGAUCAACUACUUGUCCUGAGUAACGAGCUAUCUACGAAACUGAACUCGCUCAACAUCACUACUGCGGAAAUGAGUAACCUUCACCUGGCCCUUGUCCGUGCUGAGACUCGACUUGCAGACUGGCAGGCAGGCGCUCUGGAUGGAUCGUACGCCGUGCGCAUGCUGCAAUCGUCGGUCACCGAGCUGCACAACUACGAGCAAGCGUGUGCACCGCAGGGCUGGCAGUGCUUGUGGGACAGUGCUUCAAGUCGCUACUAUUAUCACGAUACAUCAACGGGAGUGACGCGGUGGGACUAUCCUGCUGACGGAAGCAAGCUAGCAGAGGAGCAACAUGCCUUUGCGAGCAUGCCUGGACUUCACCAAGCCACCGCGGCAAUGUUUGCUGGUGCCAUGGCUUCCACCUAUCCAGGAUAUGCAUAUACUGGAUACCAACCUGUGGCAUAUGGUAUGGCACCUACAUCAGCUCAUGUUGCACCAUUGCCUGACUCUAGCAAGCAAGUAACAUACUCCGCUCCGCCACUUCCUACGGAGGAACCGCCGCCACCACCUCCUGGUGUUGACCAACCUCCACCCCCGGUCAAUCCGCUGCCUCCUCCACCACCGCCACCAGAUGAUAGUAAGCAGGCCACCCCAGCUGGAUCGCCACCGCCACCAGCCAGUGAGGCGCAGUCACCCAGCCAGCCACCACCACCACCGCUGCCCGAAGAUGAAGAGGAAGCACCUGCCGUUGAUACUGGACCAAAGACGGCAACAAGUGCUGUUGUCAUUCAAGCCGCCGCUGCCAUCACAAGGCGUCAGCCAUCCGCGGAAGAAGCGCCAGAGCCGAGUGUGGACGACGCUGCCAUCAAGGCUAGCUUUGAGGAUCCCUUGCAGAUGCGCAUGCGUGCCACUCUGAUUGCCAAAGGCAUGAGCGAAUCGGACAUCAACGACUACUUUGUCCAAGACGCGCUAAAGCAGCAGCUCCAGACCGACUCCCUGCCGGGCAGUCCCAAAGCUACCAGCAAACCGAAGAAAGACAAGAAAAAGAAAGAGAAGGUGAAGGCGCUGGGAUCCAGUAGCUUGGUACCGAAGAAAAAGAAGAACAUGUCUCAGCUGGUGUCCAAGUGGAGCACUAUCCGCCAGCAGGAACGCGAGGAGGAAGAGAAAGGUGAUAGUGAUGAAGAUGACCCGGUCCGUGCACAGCAACGGAAGAUUCAGGAAUGGAAGGCUUCUCAGAUGACCGCGAGUGGUGCUCAUAGCAAUCCGAAUUUCGAGGAAGUCAGCGGCGAUUGGCGUGAGCGAGUCAAGCGCUCAAAACACCAGUAGUGCACGUGCAGGAGAGCAGUCAAUAUGGAACAAAUGCCCUCUUUGUCUGCAACCCUGUUUAUCACAUACUGCACACCUAUUCUGUUGCCUCUGUUGAUCUUGCUGCGUACAUGUAGCUAGCUAGCUUGCAACCCCUCGAAUGUUGUUGCCUUCUUUCUUUUUACUGGACAGCGCACAGCUUAGUUAGUGCAUUUGCUGGGAUAAUUGUGCUUGGGCAGUUAUGGAUCCAAGUCUUUAUCCUCUGUUUUCCCGCGAUGGGCCUUUUGUAUGAUAUUUGUCAGUCUUCAAAAGUUCAAAUGUUCACUGGUUGAUGGAAUAUGGUACAGUAUCAUUGCAUUUUUAAAUGUGUACAUUGAGAAAUCAACCAUUGUCAAAUGUUA